AUGGCUAUCCAAAAGGUUAGUAACAAGGACUUGUCCCGCAAGGACAAAAGAAGAUUUAAUAUCGAAUCUAAAGUAAACAAGAUUUAUCAGAAUUUUUAUUUAGAGAGAGAUAAUCAAUAUAAAGAUAGGCUGACAGCACUGCAAACUGAUCUAACUUCUCUGCAUCAAGGUGAUAAUGGUCAAUACGCUCGCCAAGUACGAGAUUUAGAGGAAGAAAGAGACCUAGAGUUAGUCAGACUACGCCUAUUUGAAGAGUACCGUGUCUCUCGUUCCGGUAUCGAAUUUCAGGAAGAUAUCGAGAAAGCUAAGGCUGAGCACGAGAAGCUCAUCAAAUUAUGCAAAGAAAGACUAUAUUCAUCUAUAGAGCAAAAAAUAAAGAAAUUACAGGAGGAAAGAUUACUAAUGGAUGUGGCUAAUGUACAUUCCUAUGCUAUGAAUUAUAGUAGGCCGCAGUACCAGAAAAACACGAGAAGCCACACAAUAAGCGGUUGGGACUCUUCGUCCAAUGAGUAUGGAAGAGAUACAGCAAACGAAAGUGCUACUGACACAGGUGCUGGAAACGAUCGAAGAACCUUAAGAAGAAGGAACACUUCUAAAGAAACAAGAGGUAACAAUAAUAAUCAAGAAGAAUCUGAUUUCCAAACUGGAAAUGGUUCUGGAAGUAAUGGCCAAGGUUCUAGACAAGGAUCACAAUUUCCCCAUAUCAACAACCUAACCUACAAGUCAGGUAUGGCCUCUGACUCGGAUUUCUUACAAGGUGUAAAUGAAGGCACUGAUCUAUAUGCAUUUUUAUUUGGAGAGAAGAAUCCCAAAGACAAUGGCAAUGGAAAUGAAAAGAAAAAAAACCGUGGGGCCCAACGAUAUUCUACCAAAACCGCACCGCCUUUACAGUCUCUGAAACCAGAUGAAGUCACUGAGGACAUUUCCUUAAUUAGAGAAUUAACAGGCCAGCCUCCAGCUCCUUUCAAACUAAGGUCCGAAUAA